CAUGAUCUCUGCUCUGUGAUUGGCUGAGCUGUGUGUAAGAGCUCAGCUGCUGCUGACUUUCUGUCAGUCGCUCAGAGUCUGUCAGAGAGUUUCAGAGAGUUUCAGCUGAUGAAGAUGAAGGUGAUGAAGGUGAUGAAGGUGUGGGAGCUGCUCCUCAUCCUCUCCUGUGUCUCAGCAGACAAUCAACAUGAAGAUCUUGGUAUCGUCGGCUGUUCAGAGUCUGAUGGAGAGGACAUGUACGCACUGGAUGGUGAAGAGUUGUAUUACGCAGACUUCACCAACAAGAGAGCAGUUUACCCUCAGCCUGACUUUAUAGAUCCUAUCAGAUACGGGGAGGGAGCUUUUCAAAACUCUCAGGCUGCCCUGGAAACCUGCAAACAGAACCUGAAAGUAGCUCAACAGGCCUAUAAGAACAUACCACGACGGCUCGAUCCUCCUUCCAGUCCAAUGAUCUACCUGAAGGACGACGUGGAGUUCGGAGUCCAGAACACGCUGAUCUGUCAUGUGACUGGUUUCUUCCCUGCUCCUGUUGAAGUCUCCUGGACCAAGAACGGAGAGAAAGUGACUGAAGGAACCAGCAUCAAUGUUCCCUACCCCAACACAGAUGGUUCCUACAGACAGACCUCCAGACUGGAGUUCAUCCCACAGCAGGGAGAUAUCUACCGCUGUAGAGUGACUCACCCAGCACUGACCGAACCACUGACCAGGAUGUGGGAUGUGGAGGUGCAUCAGCAGCAGCCAGGUGUUGGACCUGCGGUGUUUUGUGGACUGGGUCUGACUGUCGGUCUGCUCGGUGUGGCGGCUGGAACCUUCUUCCUCAUCAAAGGAAACGAGUGCAGCUGAUUGGCUGGGGCUGAUGAUGUCAUCGUUAGCAGCUGCUGCCUGACGUGUUUUUCUUCAUUUAAAGCUUGAACCUGUUUGUCUGCGUUCUGUAUAAUAAACAUAAAUAUAACGUUUCUGAUCUUUGACAAACUGCUGCAGCUUCAACAUAAACCCUCUGAUUUCUCUGCAGCACGUUCACUCUGAAUCUAUAACAUUAUUAAUAUCUGAUUGAUUUCAUGCUCAACAGUUUUUAUCAAAUAAUCAUCUUAUGAACAUGUACUCUCAUGAAUUACUUUAAUGUGAACAAGGGUCACAAAUAAAGAUGAAAAAUCAGUGUAUUGAUACAUAAAUAUAUCAUGAUCAAUAAAGCGAUGAACUCUGA